CCAUGUUUUUUCGGGGUGUUUGUUGUUUUCACUGUAACAAGAGGCUGUUCUCAGGUCGACGCUUAGCCGUGGCUUCCAGUGAACCCGGGGCUACUUUCUAGGAGGGUAAAAUGAUCCCAGAUCAGUGUCUGUGUCGAUGUCAUGCCAUCCCCUUCGCGCUACUAGGUGCGCGCCAGCCUCGCGAUAGCCUCGCCUACAAGAAUCAGAGCUCCGCUCGCGGACUGGAUGCUGACAGGCGCGCGGUGCGGUCAUCAUGCAAAGGUUACAUUGGAUCUGUUUCAGCGAGUCUCUAAAGAAGCCGCUCCUCCGCAGGACCCGCACGGGUCACAACAUGCGAGACGUCUAGCAGCACAUACAGGCUCCCGCUGACGUUUACCGGCCUGUUUGACGACAGCAGGUGUCAAACGAUGGACGCAAGUUUGGGAUUUCCGCGAACGGCAGAGUGUACGCUGGCUCCUCUCGGCGGUAAAGUGGCUUCAUGAGUGUCCAAAGUAACAGUGGAAGUGGUGGUGGAAGUUUGGAGGCGACGCCAUCUUGGUCGCAGCUCUCCUCGUCCCCAACGAUUUCUCAACAACAUAUAACGGCGACCGCAAAGAGCAAGGAAGGCCCCAUGGAGGAGCUGCACAGCCUGGACCCCCGGAGACAGGAGCUGCUGGAGGCCAGGUUCACGGGAGCCGUCAGUGGGAACACGGUUGGCAGCACUGGGAGCACCAGCGGAGGAGCUAAGGGGCUGGCCAAUGAGUCCUCCAACCACAGCUAUGGCAGUCUGGGCUCAUCCAGCGACAAGGAGUCAGAGAACUCUGAUUUGAAAAGAGGGAGCUCCCCUGCCUACUCAACCCCAGAGAAGAAGCACUCUGAGACGUCCAGGGGGAGGAAGAGAAAAGCUGACACCUAUUCUGAGAGUAGUCAAGGAAAGACGUCCACACGUGGGCCCAAGAUCAGCGACUACUUUGAUUUUCAGGGUGGAAAUGGUUCCAGUCCAGUCAGAGGCCUCCCAUCAGCUCGCCGCUCUCCACAGAGCUCCCACUCUGCCCCAGGCUCAAUCAUCCGUCAGAACAGCUCCUCUCCUACCAGUCUGUGUUUUGGGGAACACAAUCCUAAAGCCUCUUCCAGCAAAUGUGUCCAGACGGAAUUAACGGGGCUGAAGCUUGCUGCUCUGGAGAGCAACAAGAGUCUGGACCUGGAAAAAAAAGAGGGGCGGAUAGACGAUCUUCUCAGGGCCAACUGUGACCUGCGGAGACAGAUAGAUGAACAGCAGAAACUACUGGAGAAAUACAAAGAGCGGCUCAACAAAUGCAUCACCAUGAGCAAGAAACUGCUCAUAGAGAAGAGUACACAGGAGAAGCAGUCGUGUCGGGAGAAGAGCAUGCAGGACCGUCUCCGUCUCGGUCACUUCACCACCGUCAGACACGGAGCGUCCUACACGGAGCAGUGGACCGAUGGAUACGCAUUCCAAAACCUGAUAAAGCAGCAGGAGGGCAUCAACCAGCAGAGGGAGGACAUAGAGCGUCAGAGGAAGUUGCUGGCUAAGAGGAAGCCUCCAAACCCUGCAUCUCCCUCCCUCUCUGUGGCCUCCACCUCUGAGCCCAAGCAGCGCAAAACUAAAGUGGUCAAUGGCAAUGACUCCGACCCCUUCCUCAAACCAUCCUUGCCACAGCUACUGACCCUCGCUGAGUACCACGAGCAGGAGGAGAUUUUCAAGCUUCGCCUCGGGCAUCUGAAAAAGGAGGAAGCAGAGAUCCAGGCGGAGCUGGAGCGGUUGGAGAGGGUGAGAAACCUCCACAUUAGAGAGCUGAAGAGGAUAAACAACGAGGACAGCUCAGCGUUUAAAGACCACCCCACCCUGAAUGAGAGGUACCUGCUGCUGCACCUACUGGGCCGGGGUGGCUUCAGUGAAGUUUAUAAGGCUUUCGACCUGUUUGAGCAGCGCUACGCAGCUGUUAAAAUCCACCAGCUUAACAAGAACUGGAGGGAGGAGAAAAAAGAAAACUACCACAAGCAUGCAUGCAGAGAGUACCGGAUACACAAGCAGCUGGACCAUCCCAGAAUAGUCAAACUGUACGACUAUUUCUCCCUGGAUACUGACACGUUCUGCACGGUGCUGGAGUUCUGUGAAGGAAAUGACCUGGACUUCUACCUGAAACAAAACAAGCUGAUGUCGGAGAAGGAGGCUCGCUCCAUCGUCAUGCAGAUCGUCAGCGCCCUGCGCUACCUCAACGAGAUCAAACCGCCCAUCAUCCACUACGACCUCAAACCAGGUAACAUCUUAUUGGUGGAUGGCACAGCAUGUGGAGAAAUCAAAAUCACAGAUUUUGGCCUGUCGAAGAUCAUGGACGAUGAUAACUACGGCGUGGACGGGAUGGACCUCACAUCACAGGGAGCCGGUACCUACUGGUACCUUCCUCCUGAGUGUUUCGUGGUGGGGAAGGAGCCGCCUAAAAUCUCCAACAAGGUGGACGUCUGGUCUGUAGGAGUGAUCUUCUUCCAGUGCCUCUACGGACGAAAGCCGUUUGGUCACAACCAGUCACAGCAGGAUAUUCUUCAGGAGAACACUAUCCUGAAAGCUACAGAGGUCCAGUUCCCUGCUAAACCACAGGCCAGCACAGAGGCCAAGGCGUUUAUCCGCCGCUGUCUGGCCUACCGCAAGGAGGAUCGCUUUGACGUUCACCAGCUGUGCUCGGACUCGUACCUCCUCCCUCACAUGAGACGUUCAAACUCCUCAGGCUCCCUGCAGCCGUCCGCCUCCUCCCUCCCCACCUACUGACUGGCUCUCUUACAUGAUUGACAGGACGCUCCAGCCAAUCCUGAGGCAGGAUUGUGCAGAUUUUUUUUAACCUGAGCUGUUCCAUAAAGGAUAUAUUCACGAGAGAAGAGAAUUAAAGAUGGGAAAGAGUGAAGAAAAGGAGGAGGAUGAUCCCUUUGCAUAGGAGAGAUGAGAUGUACCCUGAACUCAACUGUGAGCAACAAAAGGGGAAAGAAUAAAGCUGGACAACAGGAAGGAAAUGGAAAGAGUUAAAAGAAAGGCUCUGCAUUGCUGGGAACAAGAAAGGAAGAGGAUUUCUUUAUGGAUUCUACUAAAUAACCCUGUAGGAGACAUUUAUCAUCAAUAGAGGCUCCUAGAUGUCAUGUCCAAGCCCACCUCUCUUAGCUCUUAAGCAUAAAACACCUCACAUGGAUUUCUUCUAUGUAAAACCGCUGUUUUUGAUGUUCUCUUGUUGCUAAUGUGAGGGUGGUGAAGACCAGGAGGAAGGAGAACCGAAUGCAGCAGAGGAUGUCAAGUCUCUGCACGUCAAAUAUGAACUUCUUGUUAAAAUCUGCUCUUUAGUCUAACGCUAUGAGGCACAAAAUGAUGAUAACAUGUCAUUGAAUUAACCCUUAACUUAAAAAUCAUUUUGUAUCUUUGAUGGGACUUCAGAGAAAAAUGUUCCAGAUUAAAUAAUCUGGGCUCGAUUUGCACUUCUGGUCCGGGUUGCUGUGGUCGGGCCUCACAAACACAUUUGGCAUGAAGUUCUGCAGCGUGGGCGAGUGUUGUAGUCGUCCGUUCACUUUUAUGUUUUAAAGCAGUUCAGAUCUGCUGCUCAGUUUACAGAUCUGUGAAUCUGUCUUAAUCCAUCUUUGUUGUUCAGAUUAGAGUCGACAUGUUUCAAAGAGCCGAGUGUUUCAGCACCGUGUCGUCCUCGUCGAGCUGCCUGCAGAGUGGGACUGGAUCAGCUGUUACUGUGCUGCAAACACUCACAGUUUAGUGUACAUUUCAUGUGCAGGAGACGUUACUCACAAGCAAAUACAACAUAAUGAGGCUUAUCUCUGCUUCUCUGUGUCUCAUUUUCUUCUUGUUCUCAGUUUGCUGCUAUGAAUGUUGCUCCUAGUUUAGAACGUGUGAAUGGUUCCCUCCUGGUAUAUGUGCAUACUUGAAAUGUGUUUAAAGGAAUGCUCUCUAGGGCCCCCCCCUCUCUGAGAUGGAGCCCUGCUGUGCUGUUUGAAGGAGGGAGGAUGCAACACAUUCAUCACUGUCCCUCUGGGGUUAUGUUUACUUUCAUGCACAAGUUUUAAGCUGUUUUUGCUCAUGCACUCCUGAAAACUUCUAGAAAAUAUCAGGACAGGCUGCCCUUGAAAUCUUCCUGAGAUGUUACUCACAUGCCCCUCACAGUGUGAUGUUUUC